AUGGCAAGUGUCAAAGAUUUGGAAAAACGUAUAAAAUAUUUAGAAGCUGAAUUAGCUGCUGAAAAGCUCAAAAAUGCAACACCAAUUAGAGAAAAAAUUCAAGAGAUAUCAUCAGAAGUUGUUGAUACAAAUCCAUACAGUAGAUUGAUGGCUCUAAAACGUAUGGGAAUUGUUGAUAAUUAUGAAAAAAUACGUGAAUUAAGUGUUGCAAUUGUUGGUGUUGGUGGUGUUGGUAGUGUAACAGCUGAAAUGUUUACACGUUGUGGUAUUGGUAAACUAGUAUUAUUUGAUUAUGAUAAAGUUGAAUUGGCAAAUAUGAAUCGUUUAUUUUUUCAACCAAAUCAAGUUGGUCUUAGUAAAGUUGAUGCUGCUGCUAAAACAUUAGAAUCAAUUAAUCCAGAUGUACAAAUUGAUACUCAUAAUUAUAAUAUAACAACUGUUGAUCAUUUUGAUGAUUUUAUGAUGUCAAUUAAUACAUCAAGUUUAACUAAUGGACCAGUUGAUUUGGUAUUAAGUUGUGUUGAUAAUUUUGAAGCAAGAAUGGCUAUAAAUACAGCUUGCAAUGAGCUUAACUUGAAAUGGUUUGAAUCUGGAGUAUCAGAAAACGCUGUAUCUGGACAUAUACAAUUUAUAAUACCUGGUGAAACAGCUUGUUUUGCAUGUGCUCCACCACUUGUUGUUGCAUCAAAUAUUGAUGAAAAAACACUUAAAAAAGAAGGUGUUUGUGCUGCUUCAUUGCCAACAACAAUGGGUAUUGUUGCUGGUUUUCUUACUCAAAAUUCACUGAAAUAUUUAUUAAAUUUUGGAGUUACAUCAAAUUAUCUUGGCUACAAUGCAAUGCAAGAUUUUUUUCCAUCAAUGACACUCAGACCAAAUCCAAGUUGUGAUGAAAAAUUUUGUCGUCAAAGACAACAAGAAUUUAAUGCAAUUCCAAAAAAACAAAUUGUUGAAGAAAUACCUGAAGAAGGACCAAUUCAUGAAAGCAAUGAGUGGGGAAUUUCUCUAAUUGAUGAUGAUGACGAUGAAGAACAAAACAUACAAGCUGAUCAAUCUUCAACUGGUAAUUUAUGUGCUGGUCUAAAACAAGCUUAUGACAUUCCAACAAGUUCAACAACAAUUGACAAUGAAGAAUCUACUGAUGACACCAGUGGAUUGAGCCUAGACGAAUUAAUGGCACAAAUGAAAAGCAUUUAAUUUUUUAAACUAUCAAUUAUUUUAUCUGUUUUUAAAUAAUAUAUAAUUUUGUUUGUAAAAAAAUCAUUGCAAUUGAUAAAAAAAAAAAAAUAGUAAUACACAUUAAAUUUAUAUUUGAGUAAAAUAAAAUACAAUACAAAUUAAUUUUUCUUAUUAUUUUUCACGUGAGAUGAUUUAUACCAACUGAUAAAAUGCAUAUAAUACCUGUGUACUAUAUUAUUUACUAUAUAUAUAUAAUGGUUAUAAUAUUUAUUUGAAAAAAAAAAAAAUAAUAAUAUAAUAAUCAUAAUUAUUUAAUCAUUUUACAUACUUACUAAUUUUUUGUAUCAUUUAUAUUCAUUCAAUUGUUAAAAUUAGGUUUUGCUUUCAUUUAUUAAACAAUGUCUAUUUUAAAAUUCAUGCAGCUUGAACAACCUUAGCUUGAAUAAGUUUUUGUGCUGAAUUAAUUUUAUCACCAAGUGACAAGGCCAUACCUUGACUCUUGGCACGAAUUCUAAUAUGU